AUGAUGAAUCGCGUUGCUUUGUUGGCCCUGGUUGGCUCCACUUUCGCUUCUCCUAUUAAAUCGUUCACGUCGCGUGCAACGGCUGAUGCCAAGUAUCUCUUUUCCUUCGGAGAUUCCUAUUCCCAAACCGGUUUCGACAUCACCAGCACACAACCGUCCGCUACAAAUCCAUUCGGGAAUCCCGCAUUCCCAGGCUACACCAGCGACAAUGGCAUCAAUUGGAUUGGUCACCUGGUCGAAACCUACAAUUCCUCGCUUAUCCUCUCAUACAAUUUCGCAUACGGUGGUGCGGUUGUCGAUGCCAACAUUGUUGCACCCUAUGAAAAUACCGUCUUGACUCUGGUUAAUCAAACCGCGGAAUUCGUGGAUCAUCUCUCGCCGGCUCCGACGGAUGCUCCUUGGACGGCGGAUAACUCGCUUUUUGCGUUUUGGUUUGGGGUCAAUGAUAUUGGGAAUUCGUAUUGGCUGGCCAAUAAGACAAAUGCCAUUACUGCGAUUUUUGAUAGCUAUUUCGCACAAGUGCAACAGGUGUAUGAUGCUGGAGGGAGAAAUUUUUUGUUUCUGAACUGUCCUCCCAUCGAUAAAUCUCCUAUGAUGCUCGCCUACGGCGACUCGGUUACCUCCUCCGAAGCAACCGUCAUCAGCGCCUACAACACCGAACUCAGCACCCGCGUCUCCGCUUUCGAAAUCGCAAAUUCCGGAUCCACGACCUAUGUUUCCGACACCCAAGUUCCAUUCAAUACAGCUCUCGACGCUCCAGCUACCUAUGGCGCUACGAAUGCAACCUGUUUUGAUGCAGAUGGAACGACCUGUCUUUGGUACAAUGAUUUGCAUCCCGGUCAGGCGAUUCAGAAAUUGGUCGCGCAGGGGGUGGCGGAACAGAUGGCGGGGUCGUUUUUUCAGGGUGGUGUGAGUGUUAGUUCUAGUGCUUCGGGUUCUUCCUCCGUAGCAAUUAUGGCUUUUACAUCCAGCAUCAGCGUAUCUUCAGCCGUUCAAACUUCAAGCCCAACAGUAGUUGCAUCGCUUGCGAUCUCAUCUGCGGCGGCGAUUGUCACGCCUGUUUCUUCGACUGCAAACAUGCCGUCGAGUUCGGUUAUCCGUGCUUUGAGUAUUCCUGUGGCGGCAUUGUCCUCGGCUUCGCCCAUUGUUAGUAGCGCUGCUGCAUCGAGUACAGCAGUUGCUUCGAGUGGGGACGAUGAGUGUGAGGCGUAG